UUACUGAUUAUUUUAAAGCUUCAAUAAUUUCUAUAUAAAAAGUUUAAACUGUUUUCUGACAUUAAACUGUUUCCCAUGUGCUUCUCGAUGCUGGGAAAAGAAACCCCACUUUUAAGAUAAACAUAAGCUUUUGUUUAAGAAUGAGAUCUAUCUUGUAUUAAAAUACAGUAGAAAACUGCAUAUGGGGUAGGUGUUUUCUUCUACCUUUAUGUCACACCAUUAUUGCCUAUUAGGCUGACCUCAGUUUUGGGAGAAUCACUUGGUUAGUUCUAAAUAUAGCAUUGCAUCUGCCCUUAAAUGGGAGCGAAGGGGCAGUAGCCUUUAGAGAGGGGAAUUAUUUUUUUUUCCUCAGUCAGAGUUUACUAAGCUGGGAAAGGCUGGUCUUCUCCUCUGCUUUGCAAUUUUUCUAUAUCCCUUGGAAUUACUGAAUCUAACAAACUGAAGUAUGUCAUCAGUAGUGGUGCCAUUUUACCAGAGGAGACACAAGCACUUUGAUCAGUCCUAUCGCAACAUUCAGACAAGAUAUGUACUUGAGGAAUAUGCAGCAAGAAAGGCUGCUUCCAGACAGGCUGCUUAUUAUGAAUCAUCUGGCUUGGGAAAAACAACAUGUAGACUCUGUGCCAGGAGGGCACGCACCUUGGCUCAUGAAGCAAUGCAAGAAUCCAGGAAAAGGACUCAUGAACAAAAGACUCAUGCAAGUGAAGAGAAAAGGAUCCGGUUUGCCAGUGAGUUGUCUGCUUUGGAAAAAGAGAUUCACACAGCCAGGCACCGUGCUAGAGAACAUCUGGAUAGACUUGCUAUACAAAGGAUGGUAGAAGAAAAUAUGGCUCUGGAAAGGCACGCUGUUGAGGAAAGUAUAAGUCGAGCUCCUGAAAUUCUAGUGCGCCUGAGAUCUCACACUGUCUGGGAGAAGAUGUCUGUGAGUCUUUGCUUCACUGUGCAAGGAUUUCCCACCCCUGUUGUACAAUGGUACAAAAAUGAGGAAUUGAUUACUCCUGCAAGUGACCCAACAAAGUACAGAAUUGAAAGCAAAUAUGGAGUACAUGUGUUGCAUAUAAACAGGUAGAUUAUUCU